GAACGCGGGGCUACUUGGCGGACAAGAUGAUCCUGAUGAAGUUUUUGCCAGCAGUGCUUCAGACCCUGAGCCUGAUGGUAUGGCCAGCGACGAGAAGCCAGACCCAGACUGCGAGGCGCUGCCUCCUAACAUGGAUGCAGUGGGGGUAGCAAACUUUAUCACGGCUGCUUUAGAGCAACGGGGCGAAAUCGUCUCCCGCAUCCAGACGGCGCUCAGCAAUCGCGAGACGACUGUGGCCUCAAUCUGUUCAGGUUGGGGUGUGGCAGAGAUGUGCAUUGAUGCGCUCAACGAGCAUUUGGCCGGCAAGUUUGGCUUCCAGGGUGGGCGCUUGACUCUGGCCUUCAGCUGCGAAUGCGAGCGCUUCAAAGUAGACUGGCUCCGAAGAGCUUUUCCAGAUGUCCCCGUGUUCAACGACAUGAUGGACUUGGGCAAGGGGAGGGCAUUUGAUGAGACGUCGAAAAACUACACAGCCGUGCCGAAGGUUGACAUAGUGAUGGAUGGCUACUCCUGCAAGUCCCUGUCCAGACAGAACAACACGGCCAAGAGUUUUCUGGAUACUAGCUCUAAGAGUGGCCAGGGCUUCCAAGCAUUGCUUAGCUAUGUGGACUACGCAAACCCCAAAGUGAUCAUUUGCGAGAAUGUGGGGCUCAUGGCGCACAGCCGGCAACAGUUUGGUGGAGAGAAGCCCAUCGCGAUCCAGAACAACGAGCUUGCAAAGCGGGGCUUCAUUGGUUUCUUCCAGACGGUGAACAGCAAGAACUUCGGGCUUCGGCAGCUCCCUGCUGAUGUUUUCAACACCUUCAAGUGUGGGCUGCUCCCUGUGCGCAUGUUCUUAGACUGCAGCGGUGCGGCCACGGUCAGGGCCGCAGGCAUUGAGUCGAACAGAGGCAAGAGCGCACAAAGUGGUACGAAGUGGAAGAGCGGCUUCAAGAAGCGGUGCAAAGAACUUGGUGAAGCUGAUGUCAUGGCGAAUCUGGACAAGUUGCGUUGCUAUGGGAUUCCCUUGACGGACCGCGAGUACGCAAUUUUGGCG